AUGAAAUAGAGAUUAGUAACUUAAGCAGAUGAAGGACCUCAAGAUAAUUUCAUUCAAAAAUCAAAUUCCAUAUAGAAUCAAUUUCAAAUACUCUAAGUCGUCGGCAAUGGCACCUUCGGUAUGGUUUAUCUAGCAUUGGAUACAAAAACAAAUGAAAAAGUUGCUAUCAAGAAAGUAUUUUAGGAUAAACGCUAUAAAAACAGAGAACAUCUUAUUAUAUAGGAAUUAAAUCAUCCUUGCAUUGUAAAAUUAAGACAAGCAUUUUUCACCUAAGGAGACAAUUCCAAAAAUCCAGAUGACAUUUUUCUGAAUCUAGUAAUGGACUACAUUCCUGAAACCCUCAGUAAACUCAUUCGAAACUACAAAAAGAGCAAGACCCCAUUUCCAAAUGUUCUACUCAAAAUCUACAGUUAUUAAAUGCUAAGAGCAUUUGCUUAUUUAGAAGGAAUUGGGAUUUGCCAUCGUGAUAUUAAACCUCAGAAUAUAUUGGUUAAUCCAAAUACUCAUGUCUUAAAAAUUUGUGAUUUUGGGUCAGCAAAAAGAUUAGUACCUGGAGAACCAAAUGUGGCUUAUAUUUGUUCCAGAUAUUAUAGAGCUCCUGAAUUGAUAUUUGGAGCAACUGAAUAUACAACAUCUAUUGAUAUCUGGUCGAUAGGAUGUGUUAUCGUUGAGAUGCUUACUGGUGAACCACUCUUUCCUGGAGAGUCGGCUACUGAUCAACUUGUUGAAAUAAUCAAAAUAUUGGGUACUCCUACAAUUGAAUAAAUUAAAAAAAUGAAUCCUUAACAUUAAGAAUUUAAAUUCCCUUAGAUAAAGUGUCAUCCAUGGGCUAAAGUGUUUGCUAAAUAUAAGCCAGAACCUUUAUUUGUUGAUUUUGUUAGUAAAUUGCUUGUAUAUUCUCCAAAAGAAAGAUUGAAACCUUUGGAGGCUUUGCUUCAUCCAUAUUUCGAUGAGAUUAGAUAAGAAGGUUUCUCAAUCCCAAAUGUGUAAUUACCUAACUUUUUUGAUUUUCAAAAAGUGGAAUUGCAGAUCCAACCUGAAAUUGCCCAUAAAUUAAUCCCUUCCUGGUUCAAGUAAAAAUAGUGA